AUGAAAAAAAUUAAUGAAUUAAAUACUAGAGAAAUAAAUAAAAAAUUUUCUGAACGUUCUUCAUGGAGCAAUUUAAGGAAAGAUUUGAAAGAAGAUUCCUCUAAACCCGAGAGCUCCGCCGAGGUUGAGGAGGAUAGUAUCCGCGUCGUGAUCGGAUUCGACUUUGGUACGACGUACUCUGGAUUCGCGUAUUGUCAUGUUACAGAAAAGCAAAAUCUACGUUCAAACGAUUUAUGGCAUGGAGAACGAGGUCAAUUAAAAACCAACACAGUUCUUCAAUAUGAUGACAAAUAUAAUCAAGUAAAAUUAUGGGGUGCUCCAGCUUUAGCUAAAAAGCCAAAUCGUCGAGAUACGACCCAGAAUGAAAAUAAACCCGUCGAAUUAUUUAAGUUGCAUUUAGGAGAUAUGUUAGAUAAUUUUAAACCGAACCUUCCAGUUGAUUACAAGAAGGCGAUUACCGAUUAUUUUAGAGAAAUCGGAAAGAUAAUUAAAGACACGGUUACCGCACAAUGGUCAAAAAUCGAUUACUUCAAACACGUUCUUUUGGUUAUUACCGUUCCUGCAGAAUUUUCCGAAAAGUCAAAAGCAAUUAUGAGAAUUUGCGCGCAUAAUGCAGAUUUGAUCAAAGAAGAAUGUUCAGCGAACCUGCAAUUCACAACGGAACCUGAAGCUGCGGCUGUAUUUUGUAUGGAAAAUAGUCUGAGUGAACAUGGUCUUGCACAACCAGGAAUUAAUUUCAUGAUCGUCGACUGUGGUGGUGGCACAGUAGAUUUGACGACGCGUAAAUUAAUAAAUGAUAAACAAUUGGGAGAGGUAACCGAAAGAGCCGGUGAUUUUUGCGGAAGCACUUUCGUUGAUGAUGAAUUUCUUAAAUACUUGCGAAGAAAAGUUGGAGACAAACCUAUGGAUUCACUCAAAGAGAAAAAUUAUGGACGAAUGCAAUAUCUGGUUCAACAAUUUUGCAAUUCUGGCAAAAUUCCUUUUAUGGGAGAUGAUCCAAGUUUUCU